GAGCUGUUCAAAGCGCGCUGGUGCUGGAAAGAAACUCAGCGUCGUCGUCAGCAGUUCCAACGCGGGGCGGAGAGGCGGACCACGGCGAGGGAAACCAUAUAACUGGAAACUGGCACGGAAAUAGCGCAAAAGGAGACACUCACCUGUUAGUCUACUGAAUUGCUACUAUGCAGUCGACACAGCAGUCCAGCGCAGAUUAGGUGGUGGUGAUGGAUAAAACCCUGGAAAUUAUUAUUCCACAGAUUGAGUGUGUGUGCAGAUGAGGUCAGGGUUUCGAACAGGAGCAUCUGCCAAAAAAAAGGCUCUGCACUGACGAGGCCUCCCCUUUCCAUGCCUGAAAUAUUCUGGAUCCCAGGAGGAGAUUUUUUUGUCGUCACCAUGAUCAGAUUCUUCAGGAGACUCUAGCACUACAGAACUCCACCAAGGAGGGAAGAGGCUGGGCACAGAACCCUGUAUAUCCCAAAUUCAGUCGGACAUAGCGAAGGACCCAAGAACCAUGUAGUGUGACUCUUUCUGCCACAGGGGGGAGGGUUAACUUUGUAGUUCUUUUUUGUACUGUUUUUUUUUUUUGGCUGGGAGUUGGUCUACAAGGUGAGCCAGAAAUGGUUUUGCACACCUUUCCCUACCCUAGUGCCUUCCUCAGCUUUCUGAGCCGUCUGUCUUGGGCCUUUGUUUUCCCUUGCUACUGGCUGUUGGACCGGUUGUUGGCCUCCUGUGUAGCAACAUCACUAGAAAAGCGUAGACGCUCCCAAGAUCCCUGUUCUUUUUUGGCACUCGGGGUCCUGAUCUCUACACCGCUCUACUUGGUGCUGUUACUGGCAUCCUUACCCUUUGCUUUUAUUGGCUUCCUGUUUUGGGCCCCACUGCAGACCGUCAGGAACCCCUACAUCUACUCUCAUCAGAAAGCAGACAAGCAUGGCGCUGAGCAAGGAACAUCGGCUGGAACCAGGGCAGCACUUGCUGAGUGGCGUCCACAAGGUCGCAGCUUUUGUUUUGGCAGUGCUAAUGUUUGCCUGCUGCCAGACUCACUCGCACGCUUCAACAACCUUGCGGACACUCAACGCCGAGCUCGUGAAGUGGGCAAGCGAAUCCGUAAUGGUGCCAGCAGACCCCAGAUCAAGAUAUACAUUGACUCGCCAACUAAUACAUCAAUUAGUGCGGCAUCCUUCUGCAGUUUGGCCACCCAGGGCUUCCGCCGCACCUCAUCUUUGGACCAUCGUCCCGAGCCUGUGGUCACCACUGAAACUGAGACUGAGGCCUUAACUGAAUGUCCUGUUCACCCCUCAGGAGGUACAGGCUCGGAUUGCCCCGUCCACAGCACUGGGGCCCAGAAUUCCUCAGAGUGUCCUCUCCACCCCAAUGGAGAAGAGCAUGCUCCUGACUGUGCCGUCCACCAGUUUGCAGACCCACACUCCUCUGUUGAGUGUCCAGUACAUAGCAACAUCAUCCAGAACUCAGAAGACUGUCCUCUCCAUCCGGCUGGAGUGCAAAUUAGCAUAACCUCUCCUGAUUCUGAGCCGACUGAGGCUGAAAAAGGAAACCAUCAGACUGGGGAUGGGGAUAUGGGUAACCUAGAAAGCCGUACGGCCUCCCGGGAAUCCCUAAUUCGCUUCCACGCAGCUGAUGGAGGCAUCUCCCCCAACAACACCCUUUCACAAUACCGCACCUCAGUCUUUAAAAGGCCGAUUGGGCGCAAACGCCGUCAUGGAGACGACGGCUUUGACCAUGAGAUCUCUGCUUUCUUUCCAGCCAACCUGGACUUUCUUUGUCUGCAGGAAGUCUUCGAAAGGCGAGCUGCAGACAGGCUCAGGAGGCAGCUGCACCGCUAUUUUCCCUUUGUGCUGAGCGACGUGGGACGCUAUGGCUGGAAAGGCUGUUGCUCCCAGUUCAAGUUCUUGAACAGCGGGCUUCUGUUGGCCAGUCGUUACCCUAUUCUGGAUGCCCAUUAUGAGUGCUUCCCUAAUGGGCGCAGCGAGGAUGCUCUGGCUGCUAAAGGAGUUCUUUUUGCCAAGGUGCAGGUGGGAAGCUCUGCUCAGGAUCAGCGGGUUGUUGGAUAUAUCACUUGUACUCAUCUGCAUGCUAUUGAAGGUGAUUCAUCGGUGCGCUGUGAGCAGUUGGAUAUGCUGCUGGAGUGGGGUGCAGAGUUCAAGAGGGCCACCUCGGGUCCCACGGAUGAGGAGAAGGUUCUGGAAGAUCAGGUGGCCUUCGACGUCAUCCUUGGAGACCUUAACUUUGACAACUGCUCUUCAGAGGAUAAGCUGGAACAGCAGCAUGUCCUCUUCACUCAAUAUAAAGACCCCUGUCGUCUCGGUCCUGGAGAAGACAAACCGUGGGCUUUGGGUACACUGCUGGACACGAGUGGUCUGUAUGAUGAGGAAGUCAGCUCACCAGAGAGCCUACAAAAAGUUAUGGAGCAUGAAGAGGGGAGAAAAGAGUACUUGGUGUUCCCUUCUAGCAAGAAUCAUUGUCCCAGCCAGAAGGGGCGCAAAAUCCCCCUAAAAGGCAAUGGCAGGAGAAUCGAUUACAUCCUUUAUAAAGAGGAAUGCCUGCAGCCAGACUGGAAAGUGGAUAUAGAGGAGUUCAGCUUCAUCACUCAACUUGCUGGAUUGACUGACCACCUCUCAGUGGCUGCAAGAUUGGUUGUGUCAACUGGAGAAGAGGAGACUUAGGACCCGUCCAUAAUUAAAAAAAAUCAAUGCCACGGAGAGAGAGGGGAGCGGCAAAGAGAGAGCGAGAGAAGUGAGUGAAAGGAAAAACAGCAAGAGGAGGCAUUUGUCAAGCUUCCCGACAGAUGAGGGCAGGGUGAUUCAGAGGGUUGGUAAGUCAUAAAAAACGAUGGAUGACAGAGAUGGAGAACACAGACAAGAGAGGGGGGUGAAGGAACAGAGAAAACCACCAAUCAGCUGAAAGCAGCGUAAAGGUGUGUGAUUUUGUGGACCUUGGUUCUCCAUCCACCCCUGGACUCUUCGUGUAUACAUCUGAUCUGAAGAACAAAAUUAAAGAUUUACUCACCUUUGCACUUCUGAAGCUUCUCUGGGGCCCUUAAAGGGGGUGGAGGCCAUUUUCUGGUGCCAUGACCCAGAUAGUCAAAUGAAGGCUUUACAUUGGAAGAAGAAAGAAUGCGUACAUUGACUGUUCCGGUCAUCCUGUCACACAAUAUGGACAAGGACAUAUACGUCUGUGUGUUUAAAGUUAGUCCACCACAAGAUCUAUCCCUCAACGUUCUUCAAAAGACCUCAGCAAGUGUCUUUCUUUUCUAACGUCUUUCUAAGGUUUCUAUGGCCUCGUGCCAUCUUUUUAGGGAGUUUAUAUACUGAUAUACAAUACUGAUCAAGGUUGCAUUGUAUGGCCUCGUGUAACACUAAGAUAAACAAUUAAGAACAUGUUUCUUUGACCGCUGGGAUCCACUGAUCAAGUCCUGAAGUAUGGCAGUGGCGCCAUCACUGCAAACUAUGGAAAAACUGAGCAAUUGGUGGGAAUUUAACCCCAAACUGUUGGUAGAUGCAUGUUUGCCAGUGCACUGCCAUGUCUGUCAUGGCCUGCAUGCUUGACGUGAACCCCAAGACUCAAUUAACGCAGACUAUUUUUCACACUCAAGCCCCAUCCCCUAACACUUUUCCUUCUUGCAGUAUUGCUGUAGCUCCAUCACAGGAGAAUGGUGUCGUAAAAGGCAUCGCAGUGUUCACUGUUUACAUAUUUGAGCCAAGAUUGUCAUCCCCUGCAAAUGUUUACACACUUAUCAGGCAACGGUACCCCAAGAACUACCCCAGGUAGACCCACUGAAGCUCGCUCUUCAUGUGUUAACACAAUUGCUUUUAUACUCUCUAAAAUUCUCUUGUUACAAGUUGUUAUUGUUAUUAUUAUCAUUAUUCUUAUGAUUACUAUGGUUCGUAGAUUUGACAUUAUGUGCUUUUUACAAAUGACUACAUUCCCCAUGAUUCAUUUAUCUGCUUUUUGCUUUGUUAGAGGUUUACAGUGUAGAGCUCUGCCCUGUUUUGACUGACAGACUAAUUGGCCAAUCAGUAUGUCUAUAAACAACUUUAGAAUUACCAUAUCAAAUGCUGUGUUCUAUUCAGUUGUGCAAGAGAACGCUACUUAAACACCAGAACUAAAAGGUGUUCGGUUGUGUUAAUGGUUUUUGUAUGCGCAUUCUCUGUAGUUAUGGAAAACAUACUAAAAUUCUAAAAUAAUAAAGGAAAGCAUGUCUUCAUCAUUGGGUUGAAAGGUUCUGAGCAUGGAGAGUAACUCUUAAGUGAGUAACUCUUAACUCUUAACAAUGUAUAUGUGUGAUGCUUUUGAGUCAGUCAGCAAUUAAGUCCGAUUUCUGAAUGAUUGACUCUUUUGAGUCAAUUCUUCAAAAACAGACAGUGCAACCAGGGAAAUCGGGUUACAUGAAUGAAUGACCAUUUUGAGUAGAUUAUUUUUUGGUGAAUCAAACACAUGCAGCUUAUUGCAACUAAAAGUGGGAUUUAUAACAGCAUAGUUACAACGAUUAUUCAUAUUACAAUGUCUAGUUAAAAAUACAUGUUACGUUACAUGAGCUUUGUCAGUAUUUUAUUAAUAUAAAUGAAUAAAAGAUUUCACUUUUUUUUUAAAUAGAAAAGGCCAAAAAAAAAAAAAAAAAC